UAAAUGAACUUUGACCUUUUAGGCCAAAAAUGACAACAUUGAUCAGUCGAUAUUCGGAUGUUUGGAUUUUCUUCUUCACGAUCAAAGGUCUAAUUUUGUGGUUAUUAUGAAUCAACUUCGUCCAUUCUAUUGAAAAACAUCAGUCAAACAUUCUGGACGCUAACAACGCGUGUUAGUGUGCAAAUCCGCGUAUUUUGGGGUCAUUUUGCAAGUUAAAACUUGAGUCUUCUAUUCCCGAGAAUUUUAUUCUGAGAAUGGAGGAGAAAGAUUCGUCACUCAAUGAGGUUGCCAACGUGUUGUCUAAACUCAAAACGUCAUCCAUAGUUGAUGACUACACCAUCAACUGGAACCAGAAACUAGGCACGGGAGUCAAUGGGCCUGUCUGGCCGUGCAAGAAGAACGGAACCAAUGAGAGAUUUGCCUUAAAGAUUCUCCCAGAUAAGCCCAGCUCCAGGAUGGAAAUCAGUCUUCACAGUCGCUGCAGUAGGCAUCCUGCGAUUGUAACGCUGUACGAUGUCUAUGCAAAUGAGGUGCAAUUUCCAGGGGAGGCCCAUCCCUGCCCCAGAAUCCUGAUGGUGAUGGAGUUAAUGGACGGUGGGGAGCUGUUUGACCGCAUCAGUCAACAGAAGGGAUUCACUGAGGCACAAGCUGUCAGAUAUGCCAAACAGAUUGCCAGUUCUAUACAGCAAUGUCAUUCACUGAACAUAGCUCACCGUGAUUUGAAGCCAGAAAACCUACUCCUGAAAGACAAUUCUGAGAAUUCACCCGUGAAGUUGUCAGACUUUGGUUUUGCUAAAGUGGAUGAUGGGUCCCUAGCGACACCACACUUCACUCCUUACUACGUAGCUCCGCAGGUUUUAGAAGCUCAAAGAAGGCAGAGAAGGGAAGAGAAAGGAAUCAUCCCAACCUCACCAGGUCCCUACACCUAUGAUAAGAGCUGUGACAUAUGGUCCAUCGGUGUGAUAAUCUACAUCAUGCUGUGUGGUUACCCUCCGUUCUAUCCCGAGACGCCAAGCAGGAAGAUAUCUCGUGAGAUGUGUCAUCGCAUCAUGGCUGGCCAGUAUGAUUUCCCCGCCGAGGAAUGGAGACACAUCUCAGACGAAGCUAAAGAUCUUGUCACAAAAUUAUUAAAAGUGGACCCCAUGGAGAGACUUAACAUCAGUGAGUUGAUGGAACAUUCAUGGAUGCAAGAAAACCGAGCAUCAAAUGUCACACUCAACUCACCUGCAAUUAUGCUGGACAAGAAUCUGAUGGAGGAGGCCAUGAGGGUGCACUCAGAGCAGCUGACAUCGAUGCGGCUACCUGACAAGAGAGUGGUUCUGAAGCCAGUGGCUAAGGCUAACAAUCCUAUCAUAAGGAAACGAGCUAGGUCAAGUUGUCAAUCAUUGGAUAACAGGGUAGUGGAGGGCCAACCGGAGCCCAAGCACAGGAAAGACACCGAUGCAAUAACCAAACUGAGGGAUGUGAUUGCAUACUGCAUACUACCUCCACAAGGUGGCUGUAACCAUGAGUAUUUGUGUGAGCUAAUGCAGACAGCACAGGAACACAACCAUGAGUGCAAUACACUGAAAGCAGCAUUAGAGUCACUUCGCUGGAAUGGGAAGGCAUUUGAAGCACCAGUAGAACCAUCCAAACUAGCGCUGGCCCUCAGCAACGUGGUGAAGGAAAAGAACCUCAACAAUUCCACACAGUGAUCACAGCAGUCUUCCAAAUGUACGUUUUCCCUGAAAAUCAAACUCACCCAGAGUCAACCACAUUGUGGGGUAUUUUUGACAUCUUAUCAUCAUUAAUUCUUCUGAUACAAAUGAUCACUUAGGACCAUUUUUAAGGAACAAUGGGAUCACAUCGAAUUUGGGUGUUGUACCUACAAGUUUUCUCUGUAAGUGGUUUGACGAACACUUUGAGGAUAAGAGUAAGAUACUUCCGUUUAAAACAAUAGCUUCCUUUUUUACAAAAAAAAGUAGUUUGAACAAUAUGUUAACCGAUUAUCACUUGUACUACAUUGUAUUACAUUGUAUUUAUUCACUGAAGAUUGUAAGUGUGCUGGGGUAGUUUUGGCUGCUACAGUGACUAAAGGGUUCAAAAGGUAAAGUAUGAAGGCACAAUUUUUGUAGAUUGCGUACAGUUUUUUUAACAUUUAUAUCCAGAAAAGUAUAUUUCUGCCCAUUGUACAUUGUUUGUGUUAAUAUAUUUUUGACCAAAAAAAGUAUUUUUGGAAGAAAGGGGUGUGGUCAACGACGAUACUAUAUUCAUUUGGCUCGAGCUGCAGAGGGCAUCGACUUGAUUGAUUGAUUAUAUUCAUUCACAGCACUGUAUUUCUUAAAUUAUCACAUUGUAGCUAAUGUACAGGUACAAUUUGAAACAAAGUAAAGAAAGAAAAUUAGGAUAAUUUGACUAUUAUUCAACAGGCAAUGAGAAAAAUAAUGAUAAAAAUUGAAAAUUUUUAUUAUAAAGGCCAAAUAUUUUUCUAGUAGUUUGACAUGAACAAAAAGCAUUAGCUGCCCCGGCAAAACUUGCAGUAUUAAUUUUUUUUUUUUAGGUUUUCCCUUAAAAUAUUUCAGAAUCUUAUUUCUUUUCUUAAAUUAAAGUGAAUGUUGUGUGAUAGACAUGACAUCGCUGGAGUUCCUGUAAAUGUUUAAAAGGGUUUAGAAAAUUGCAGUACUUUGGCAUAAGAAAUUUUUUUUUUUUUCAAAAAUGUUAAAACAGCAGAAACGCUUCAACGAUGUUGCAAAAAUAUCUGCAGCUAGAGUAACAUUAAUGCAAUAAACAUAGAAACAUACUGUAUACUUUAUGAAACAAAUAUAUUUAUAAUGCCUGAAUAUCAUGUUGCAACUUGGGAUGCAGUAGUAAAUAAUAAAUUGUUUGUUUGCAUUGUUCUAUAAU